AUGCCGCGCCUCGCCUCCGACCCUGAUGGCGGGCAGCCGGAGACGUCAACAGCGGGUGUAGGCUUCGGCUCACGGCGCUACGAGGCAGAGGAGGCACGCGGGCGGGCGGCACUGGAGAAGCUGCGGGACGCAUCCGCCGAGCGGGGGUACGACAGCACGCUUCAGGGUCUCUCGGACCGACCAUCCGCGCCAGAGCCGACACCGGAGGAGUUGAGUGAGUUCAAGUCGAGCCUCACGCUCGGCUUCGCUGGCUUUCUCAUCGUCGCCGGCAUCGUCUCGCUCGUGCUCGGUGGUAGCCUUUGGGAGCCCAAGGGCUUCAACGAGGAUGGCUCUCCUCCAAACGACGCAACACCCGCCUUUGGCUUCACGCCCAAGCCGCCAGCGCCCUGA